AUGCCAUAUUCCAGCUCAGAUAUAUAUUUACAUAACUUUACUAUAGGAAACACUAGUAGCGAUGUUACUAUUAAUACUAGCACCACUAACAACAACAAUGAUACCUAUACCACAGCCUUCUUUAUUAACAACAAAGACACAACAACGCCAGUGUCAAAACUAAAAUCAUUCAAUAUUCAAGAAACAAUACAAAAAGAACCUGACAGUGAAGACAUAGAUUCAUUUCCUGAUGGUGGAUGGAAAGCUUAUUCUGUAGUGUUCGGUGCAUUUAUGGGUUUGGUUCCUAUGUUUGGUGUUAUCAAUACAUUGGGUGCCAUUCAAACAUAUAUUAGUCGUGAACAAUUAGCUAAUGUGUCUUCAUCAACUGUUUCUUGGAUCUUUUCAUCUUAUUUGGCAAUAACCUUCUCAAGUAGUGUAUUUGUUGGUGCUUACUUUGAUAGAAACGGUGCUUUUGCCCCAAUGGUUAUCGGUAGUGUGUUAUUCAUUGCUGGCUUGAUGGCUAUGGCCAAUUCUAAAACCAUUGCACAAUUCAUUUUAUCUUUUGGUGUCUGUUCCGGCAUUGGUUGCGGCAUGGUUUUCGCUUUGGCCAUGAGUUGUGUCACUACAUGGUUCUAUCGUAAAAGAUCUACUGCCACCAGUAUUGCUUCAAUUGGUGGUUCCGUUGGUGGUGUUGUGUUCCCAAUAAUGUUAAAAAAAUUGUUUGUCGAGGUUGGUUUUGCUUGGGCCAUUAGGAUCUUGGCAUUCAUUUGUGCAGGGUCUUUGUUAUGCUGCUUAAUUUUUUGCAAAGAAAGAGUCACUGAAAAACCCAAUAUAAUUAAAUUCAAAGAUAAUAAAGAAAGGUUAUUAUGGUACACAGCUUCAUGUUUUAAUUGGAGAUAUCUAUUAGAUUGGAAAUUUUUAUUCACCACUUUAGCUACAUCACUAGGCGAAAAUUCAAUUACUGCUUGUACCACCUAUCUGGCUUCUUAUUCUCUGAUGAGAGGCAAUUCAGAGGAUGUUUCCUACUUGCUAAUUACAGUUGUCAACAUAGUUGGCAUAUUUGGAAGGUUUAUCCCAGGUUAUCUGGCAGAUAAGUAUUUUGGUGUCUUCAACGUUACCAUUGUCACAGCUAUACUAUGUUCUUUAAUCUGCUUUAUCAUUUGGCUCCCAUUCGGCAAAAAUCCCGCGUGCUUAUGGGUCUUUGCUUGUUUAUAUGGUUUUAGUAGUGGUAGCAUUUUCAGUUUAACUGCACCGCUAAUAGGCAAAAUAUCCAGAACGUCAGAUUUUGGAAAAAGAUACUCUACUGCAUACUUGUUUGAAGCCAUAACCACAUUGCCAAUUAUCCCUAUUUGUGGUGCUAUUAUCGGAGACGGUAGCCCAAAAAAUUAUAACAAUUUUAUUAUUUUUUCUACAAUGCUGAUGGUUGCUGCUUCAGUUUGUUAUUUAUCAGCAAGGUUUAUUUGUGUAGGAGUUAAUCUAAAAAAAUUUUAA